ACACACCCCUUCUUUUCAUUCAGGAAGUACGCGGUGCGCUCCCCUCACUUUCAGUUCAGAGGUUUAUACCGAGAAAGCUGUAGCCAUUCUAUAAGACAUUUGAGAUCUGACGUCCGUUUGCUUGUAUUCUAGGAGCCAUGACCAGUCUACUGCGGAGAACGCCCCAUCUUCUCGGAGGACGAUGGCUUACCUCUGCUCGUGCUACCGCGAGCGGUGUUCGUUGCCAGUGCUCCAUGACGUCUACCGAGGAGGAAGAGCUGGACAAACUACCAUUCAGUGACAUGGUCAUGCGACUGGCGGACAAGGCGACGUCUCUGGUGAAGGAGAGGAUUUUAGCUGAGGAUCAGAGCAAAGGGAACGACGGUACGAUGGAGGUGAUUAUGGAUGGAGGGCCCAACACAGCCAGCACACGCACCCCCUGCAAGGGAGUGAGCCCAGAUCAUACUGGAAUGUGUGCGGCCCCAGACAUGUGGACAGGAGCGAUGAGAGAUGAGACUGGAUUGCCGACACCUACUCAUGACCCCGAAUUCGGCUCACGGCUACACGACAUCAACUCGUAUGCCGGUGUCACUGGGAAACUCCAUCCGCCCCGCAGGGAGGAUUCAUGGCCGCGCAUCUCGUCGUCCCAGCUGGCGAGUAGGUGUCAUUUCACUCUUGUCAAUGAAGAGGAACAUGGGACUAUUGUGGGAUUUCCCGGAGCCACACCCACCUCUGAGAACCUCCUGACUGCAGACUGUGACAUCCUCAUACCUGCUGCUGGGGAACAAGUCAUCACUUCUGACAUCGCACGAGACGUCAAGGCCAAGAUAGUGGCAGAAGGAGCCAAUGGGCCUAUCACUCUGCCAGCCGAGAGGAUUUUGCACAGCAAGAAUGUGUUGGUUAUUCCUGAUAUGUUUGCCAAUGCUGGUGGAGUGACAGUCAGCUAUUUUGAGUGGCUCAAGAACCUCAACCACGUGUCGUACGGGAAACUACCUGGAAGUACGAGAGGGAGUCAAACCAGCAUCUUCUCGAUGUGUCACUCAGCUAAGAGUGUGCAGACCAGUCUGGAGGCAAAGUUCUCCGGAGGCAAACCAGGCACCAUUCCCAUCACACCAACUGCUGACUUCUCCUCCAAGAUGGCGGGAGCUAGUGAGAAGGACAUCGUUCACUCUGGUCUGGAGUUCACAAUGGAACGAUCCGCCACACAAAUCAUGGAGGCAGUGAGGGAUUACAAUCUAGGGCUGGACCUGCGUACAGCAGCCUAUGUGUGUGCUCUGAGGAAGAUCUACAAUGUUUAUCGCGAGGCUGGCAUCACUUUCUCCUAGUUCCCUCCAUUAGCUGCUGACACUUCACUGCCCCCAACUGCGAUUUAUAUCUAGUUCUUUGUGAUCUGUAUGUAGGUCGUGGUCUCAUUGAUUGUGUUGCUGGCCUAUUGGUUGGAA